UGUGGAGUUGCGGAAGGGUGGAUCACUUUUCAAAUCCAAAGCAAGGCGACAGACUUGACGAUGGGGCGCGGACCGGCAAAAGCGAAGAAAGAAACGACCUCCAGCAAGCGUGGUGCUGCCAGUGCCGCUGCCGCCGGCAAGCAGACCCGCAAGCCGCGCAAGAAGAAGGACCCAAAUGCGCCCAAGCGUGCGUUGACUCCGUUCAUGUUUUUCGGCAAGGAAUGCCGGGAGAUUCUCAAAGUUGAAAUGCCCAAGUUGGGCUUCUUGGAAGUGUCGUCGGAAAUCGGCCGUCGCUGGGCACAAAUCGAUGAGCAAGGCAAGAAGAAGUACGAGAAGCUGUCGCAAUCGGACAAGGACCGAUACCUGGACGAGAAAGAACAGUACAUCCCGGACCCAGAGUACGAAAACUCUGGCAAAGGCAAAGGUGCGCGUGGCAAAACCAAGGACCCGAAUGCCCCCAAGAGGCCACUGUCCGCGUACUUUUUCUUUUGCCAGGAAAUUCGCCCGGCGAUUCGUGAAAAGAACCCAACCAAAUCCAUCACAGAAAUCGCCCCGCUGUUGUCGGAACAAUGGCGAGCGGUCCCCGAAAAGAAGCGCGCAAAGUACCACACUCUCGCUGCGGAGGCAAAAGCCAAAUACCAAGUAGCGUUGGCGACGUACAAGAACGGUGGUGUUGCUGUCGACGACGACGAGGGGGCGGAGGAUGGCGACGAAGACGAAGUAGAAGACGAAGAAGUAGACGAAGAAGUUCACGACGACGACGAUGAAGAAGGGGACGACGACGAAGAGUAGACAAUUAUUCUAUUUGGGUGUUGUAGCUGAAGCAUCGACAUGAUUUAAUGCCUUUUUUGUCAAAUGUCUCCUUUAACAACCCCAUGAUGUGGACCUUGAU